AUGCUCAUGGAGGCAGAUGGUCAGCAGGGGACGGAAUUAGGUUCCGUUUCUGUGGGCAUCGACGGAGAGGACGAGGACGUCGCGGCGGAGCGCAGGACGGUGGGGCGCGUUUCCGAGACAGGAGACAGCGAGCAUGUCAUAAUCGUCCGCGGCUUGCGAAAGGUGUUCCCCUCGACAGGAGGGUAUCCAAAAAAGGUUGCUGUCAAAGACCUUUACAUGACAGUUCGCAAAGGAGAGGUGUUUGGCCUGUUGGGUCCGAAUGGCGCCGGCAAGACAACCGCCGUCAACAUGCUGGUGGGGUACACGACGCCCACGUCUGGAUCGGCGCUCGUGGGCGGCCUGAAUAUCAGGAAGUCCAUGCACCUCAUCUACGACAUGAUGGGUGUCUGCCCCCAACAGAAUCUGCUGUGGGAUACGCUCACAGCCGCUGAGCAUCUUGAGUUCUACGGCCGCCUGAAGGGCCUCAGUGGGGACGGCUUGAAAACGGCCGUUGUGGCUGCCUUGAAGUCUGUGCGCCUGUUCGGCGGCGACACGGGAAAGAAACUGGUGAAGGCGUACAGCGGCGGCAUGAGGCGGCGCCUCAGCGUCGCGAUCUCUCUGAUUGGGGACCCGAGCGUCGCGUACCUCGACGAGCCCAGCACGGGGCUGGACAUCGCCGCCCGCCGGAAUCUGUGGAACACUGUGAAGAGGGCAAGAGAGGGGAAGGCCAUCAUACUGACGACGCACAGUAUGCAGGAGGCCGAGGUGCUGUGCGAUCGGGUGGGAUUCAUCGUCAACGGCAGCCUGGUGGCCAUUGGCAACCCAAGGAGCCUGAUAUCGAGGCACGGGGGCUACCUGAUCUUCACACUCACUACCACAAAGGCUUGCAUCAACACGGCGAAGGAACAGGUCUCGCAGAAAUUGACCCGGAACGCUCGGCUGGCUUAUGAAGUGAGCAGAACUCUCAUUUUCGAGCUUCCAACCGCUGAAGUGAAGAUCAGUGAGGUGUUUUUCUUCGCUGAGAAUGUCAAGUCACAAAUUCAGGUCAUCGACUGGGCGGUCACCAGCGCAACACUGGAGCAGGUGUUUAUGAAGGUGGUGGCAAAAGCCGGCAUAACGGCGGAAGCGCUGCAUUGA